CAUAGACGUAACCUCACAAAUUCAUGAUGGACGAGAUAAACAAAGAUGUGGAGGAUUUGGAUUUAAGCGAGGAUAAUGACGAGACCGACGAAACUAGUGAUGAAGAAGAAGAUAUUCCUUCAUAUCAAGUGGCUAUGUGGGACUUCAAUCAAUGCGAUCCAAAGAAAUGUUCAGGGCGUAAAUUGGCACGCAUGGAUCUUGUUAAAAGCCUUAAAAUAAAACAAAAGUUUCCUGGGUUGGUUUUAACGCCCACAGGUCAGCAAUGUGUAAGCCCUCAAGAUAAAGACAUUGUAGAAACAAAAGGCAUAGCCGUAGUUGAUUGUUCGUGGGCUCGAAUCGACUCUACACCAAUAGCAGCGCUUAAACCGCAACACGGUAGAUUACUGCCAUUUUUGGUAGCCGCAAAUCCCAUAAAUUACGGCAGACCUUGUCAGUUAAGUUGUGUGGAGGCCAUAGCUGCCACAAUGUACAUAACAGGGUAUAAAAGUCAUGCCAACCUUUAUUUGAGCAAGUUUUCCUGGGGACAUUCUUUCAUAGAGCUGAAUGAGAAGUUGUUGGAUAUAUAUGCUGGGUGUACAGACAGUGCCAGUGUUAUAAGGGAGCAGAAUAAGUAUAUUGAAGAGGAGCAAAAACAACAGGAAAAAGACAAAAAUGCAUUGCCAGACUUUCCAGAGAGCGAAAGUUCAGAAGAGAGUGAAUAAAUAAAACGCAA